AUGUCAACCGCGCCAUCAUCGCCACCUCGCUCCCCUCUACGGAAGAGCGAGCCCAUGGAGGCUCAACUACAAAGAGUGCCGUGGAGAAGACCGUCGCUCCAGCCUGACGCGACUCCAGCCGCGGGGAUCGCGAAACUACCACCCAUGAUGCGCCGGGCGUCAGCAGAAAGUGUUCUACCUGGUCUCAGCAGUAUCCUCAAUGUCCCGCGCACCACGGUCACACAAGCGCCAAAUCUGCAGAGCCCUCCAACACAUUACACAUACAGCACAUCCCCGGAGCCCUCGGCUUGCGCAGACUACGUUCUGUCGCGAUACCAUGGCGAUCUAGGUGACGAUGAUCCGAUUACUGGCUUCUUGAAUGAACAACGACGGAGACAAAGCAGGGAUGGCCGGCAGUGGAGAGAAAGCCCGUUGCCAGAAGCUCUUCAUCCUCCUGCACUUGCACGCCGAUUGCACAUCAAGGUUGAAUAUCCGCAGCCGAGUCCCAGUCGGAGCCCUGGCUACGACCAUCGGCUAGUCAACCACGCCCGGAAAGCUGACUCCUUAAGGCAUAUCCGACAUGGAGGCAUCCGGAAGAAGCCCAAGGACACACCUCACUGCAACAAGAGGUACACUAGGGAGCAGAUGGACUUCAUCAGGUACCUCAAGGUUGACGUCAUUCUCACCUGGAAUGAGAUCGCACACCAAGUUCAGCAGUACUUUCCGGACAGUGAGUUUGAGCGUGGCACCCAAGGAGUGCAAGGAGUAUACUAUCGGCAGAACAAGAACUUGCCGGUUGUCGACCUUGAGACGAACGCUCUCAAGUAUCUGCCAAACGGUCACAUUGACCGUUGGGAGAAGAAGUGUCGAGACCAACCAGACAAGAAGGUCUAUGGGCUCAUCAACAUCUGGCCAGAGGUUGCCCUAACCUACCCUUGGGUCAAGGAGGAGCAUAAACAACUAGCUGCUAAACUAGCACCCAGACGAUGUGGAGAACGCGAAGAUGCGUAUAGGCACGCAGUCGACAAUGGUCUCUGGAAGGAGACAUUGCCAGAGAAUGAAUGCGCGUGCUGCUGCUACCAGAAGCGCGAAAAAUGA